AUGGGCGCGCGCUCGCUGUCCUUCGCCCCGUUCGACAGCUUCGGCGACGGUGAGCUCGAGCGCGAAGAGGUUCAGCGCGUGACGCCCGGAAUCGAGCUGGAAAGACGCGCGACGGCGUCGCGAACGUCGACGCCCGAGGACGCGGCGACGCUCGCGAGGUUGUUGGACUGCUCCGGCAUAUUGCAAGACGCGUGCGCGGCGAUGAUCGAUGACAGCUUCAAUCGAUGCUUUCAAGAGUCCGCGGAGGCGAAUUGGAAUUUUAACUUUUAUCUGCUGCCGCUGUGGUGGUGCGGAUGGGUGAUUCGACACUUUGUCUUGUUUCCGUUGCGACUGGGGUUCAUUUUGAGCGCGAGCGCGGCGUUCGCGUUGGCGUUUAUGUUUUCGCACUACUGCACACCGAGACGGUGGGGAUUCGAGAGAAAGUGCGUGGAGCUGUAUGCGGCGGCGUUUGUGGUUUCGUGGACGGGAGUGAUCAAGUAUCACGGGCCGAGACCGUCGCGAAGAGGACACAUGGGAGGGAUGGUGUACGUCAGUAACCACACGUCGAUGAUCGAUUACUUAGUGAUGACGCAAGUCUCACCGUUCGCGGUGAUACAGCAGAAGCAUAAAGGAUGGGUGGGGCUGUUACAGAGAACGGCGAUGAAUGCGAUAGAUUGCAUCGAGUUCAACCGCACUGAUAUCAAAGACCGCAACACAGUGGCGACGAGACUCAAGCAGCACGUGGCGGAGAAGUCGCGGUUGCCGCUGUUGAUUUUCCCCGAGGGCACGUGCGUGAACAACAAAUAUUGCGUGAUGUUCAAGCGAGGGGCGUUUGAUCUCGGCGUGGACGUCGUGCCGGUGGCGAUAAAGUACAACAACAUUUUCGUCGAUGCGUUUUGGAACUCGCGGCGACAGAGCUUUUCCAGGCACUUGUGCACACUCAUGAGCUCUUGGGCCGUCGUCGCGGAUGUAUGGUACAUGGAGCCACAGAGAAAACGUGAGGAUGAAACAAGCAUCGAGUUUGCGGAGCGUGUGCGAGGAAUGAUAUGCAAGCGCGCGGGUUUGAAAGCCGUACCCUGGGACGGUAUGCUCAAGUACUAUCGACCUUCGCCGCGCGAGUGUGAAGCGCGUCGCAAAGCGUUUUUAGCGGGUCUCAUGGCUUAGCCUCAUAACCUUC